GGGGUCCUGGAUGCAGGGCCCGGGUCGCAGCGGCACUCCCCUGGGUGGGCGGAGGGCCCAGGAAGCUCAUGCACCAGGUGGCGGGAUGAGCCGUAGGUGGGGACAACCAAGUGGGCGCAUGCUGAAAUUGCUGUACGUGACCUGUAGGCAAAGCGGAAUAGCAAGGUGGGACCCGAGGGCCCUGGGUGUGUGGCUGGGGGACCAAGGGCUGUCAAGCCUUGAAAGUGAUAUUCGGCACGAUUCGUUGCCAAUUCAAAGAGUUCUGAACACUCAGAGCGGAGCACUGGAAAAUCUCUGCUCCCAAACCCAGGGUCAAGUAUGUGAGUAUGUGGAUGCAUGCCAGCAAGAGAGAGUAAGCCAGGGUGGAAACUCAAGUAAAGGCUAUUGACACACAUGCGAACUAGAGUCCAAAGAGGCAUGAGCAUCCCGGGUAGGUUUUCAGGGUGCUGGCCGUGGGGAAGGCCGGGCUAGCACAGGAAGGGGUGCGUGGAUAAAAGGGAGAGAGGUGUCGAUGGGUCAGGCUGGCAAGAUGGCGGCUGCCAGGGUGGGCACUGACUCCUGAGCGGCAGGUGGAGCCAGGAGCACGGCUGCCUCCUGCUUGCAGGCUGGCUGGCGCACAGCUUCACGAGUGGCUCCGGCCCAAGAUGCUCUGCUGGCAGGAGCAGGCAAGAGGCCCCGGGAAGGGAAAGGGAGCGCGGCCGGCCCACCCGCCCCCUGUGUGUGCAGGGGCUGGGCACGCGUGUCCGCCAACAACUGUAGCUCCCACCCAUCAGCCAAGCCAGGCUUUGGGCACUCCCUCCCGCCUUCCUCGUCCCACCUCCCUUUUCCUUCCACACAGUCCUGCAGCUUCGGAUCCACAGACGGACUCGAGACUGCUGGGUACGGGCAUCGCCUGAUUCUGUCCCAGGAACACACUAGACAGCUGUGUCCAAAGCAAACAGACCGCAUGCUGACUGAGGACAAAACUCCCUUCCUUUCUUGGAAAUGUGAAAACCUGGGUACCCAGGAGGCCAGGAACCCAGCUGGACCACUCGGGCUGUUGCUCCAGGCUGGCCCUCCUUCCCCAUAGCCCUCUCUGUGCUAGUUAGCCCGCUGUCUGCUGCUCUCUCUCUCUCACGGUCCUCUACUAUCUUUUCAGCCUCUGACUCAGAUCCAUGGGUCUCAGCCUCAGGCCCAGCUCGGGCCCCAGCUUUCCCCCCUGUUCCUGCUUCUUAUCUUGUCAGCCCUGGCGUCCUGUCCCCUGAGCCAGCAUACUGUCCUUGGAGGUCUCCAAAGAAGGAAUCCUCCAAGAAUCCCCAACACUGGGAGGAGCCCAAGAUCAGGGGGAACUUGACAUAUCACCUGUACAUGCCUCCAGAACGGAGACAAGGGCCCAGGGCAGAUCUCCAAGCAGAGGGAUCAACCUUGAGCCCCCCGGGGCCACCUCUGUGGGAAGAGAAAAAUUCACAGAGACCGCACCCUCGGAUGAAGCCCUCCUCACCAGGAGACUCCAGUCCCUCACCCCCUGCGCACAAGCUGGAACUUGAGACCCUUAAGUUGGAAGAGCUGACGGUCUCAGAGCUUCGGCAGCAACUGCGCCUGCGGGGCCUCCCAGUCUCCGGGACCAAGGCGAUGCUCCUGGAGCGCAUGCGCGGUGGCGUCCCGUCCAGAGACCGGCAGAAGCCCCGGCGCGUAGACAAAGAAGCCGCUGCUCCCUGGCCGCGCGUCAGACCUAGGGCCCUGGGACCAACCCGGCGGCCGGGCACGGUAAAGGCAAGUACCACGACUCGUAGGCUGAGGUUUCCUGGAGCUUCGGAUCCCCUGGGGGCUCCAGCAUUGGCUCCAGCUCCGGCUUCCGCUCCGGCUCCAGCUCCCUUCCCAGCAUCUUCUCCAGCCACCCUGACUCUGGAAGAGGAAUUGCAGGAAGCGAUCCACAGGGCGCAGCUGCUUCCGAAUCGGGACAUCGAUGACAUCCUGGAAGAUCAGGUGGAGCCAGAUGACCUGCUGCCUCCCUUCGCCUUGGACUUCCCUGGCUCGUUUGACAUGCUGUCUCCCUCCCCGGACUCGGAAGGCUUCUCUUCCGUCUUCUCUUCUUCACUCCCAUCCCCCACAAGCUCCCUGUCCCCUUCUCCAAGAGCCCUCACAGAUUCCUUGGACUGGCUGGAGACCUUGAGUGGGGGUCCACCGCUGGGCUCUGGACCUCCAGGCCCCAGCAUCUUCUCUGCGGACUUAUCUGACUCCACCAGCACCCGGCUUUGGGAACUGCUGCCGGAUCCCUGGUGAUGGAUCAUGGGGUUUCCAAGGAGACCCUCCAACUACAGAGGACUCAAGAUGCCCUCAUCCCCUGCUGGCCCACUGCUGCUGACAUGUCAAAUGCCCGCUUCUGUGUGACUCCUCCCAGUUGGGGGCGUGGGUUCAUUUGCUACUGACCAGUGCAAACAAGCUCACUGCCUCCUUCAGAGACCUGCAGGGGGUGUGUACCGCUCCCUCCAGACUCUGGCUACCGCCUCUCGUCUGGGGAGCUGGGAGUUUGUGCUGUUUGGGUUCAGGAAAGGACCAGGGGAGAUUAAGUAGAAGGAAGGUAGAUCCCUGUGCUCUAGUUAGAGGUGAGAGGAUCAGAAGCACCUAAUGGGAGGUGACUGUGAACUCCCUAUGACCUUGUACUCAUGAGUGUUGUGAUUAUACCUGGCUUUCUUGUUUUGUUGAGAGCAAGUCUUGCUGUGUAGCCCAGGCUGGCCUCUAACUUGUGACAAUCCUGCUUCGACUUUCUGGGUGCUGAGAUGUGAGCCACCAUCCCCAGCUCUCGUGGUUCGGGUUCCAGGAGCCAGGUAGGGGAUGGAUGUCAAAAGGGAAGAGAAGCUAGAAUGUGACCUCAGGUGAGCUCCUCCUCGUUCUGUGAGGAUGUCUGCCUGCUGAAUUAAACUGUGGGUCUCCUGUAGCUCAAGGCUCACGAGACUGGGACUUUG